CACUCAAUUAAAUUUAAAUAUAUGGAGUAUUUUUUUUUUUUAUAGUAAUAGAACUAGUACUACUUAGAAUUUAUUUUUAAUUUUUAUUUGAUUAAAGAAAAAUAGGUCGAGUAAAAUUUAUUUUGUGGCAUGUUUUGUUGUGAAAGGUCCCAAAAAAACACACACAAAGGGGAAAAAGGCCAGUUGCCUGCCACCGUCUCACAAGUAUAAUUCUUUCUGUGAUAUGAUGAUAAGAAUUGAAGCGAAUCCAAUCCUAUCGAAAUCUGGUUUUGGACGUCUUCCCUUUUAUUAGGGUUGAAAGAGAGAUCAUUGUUUUGUGUGGUAGAUCCAACAAGUUGUUGAUAAUUCUGUUGGUGGGUCGGUUCUUGAUUGUGUUGAAAUGGCCAUGUUUUGGCGUAUGGCUGGCCUCUCCACUGCUUCUCCAGUGGACACAAUUCUCGAUAAGGAAAAUUUUGCAUUGGAUGAGCUCUUGGAUGAGGAUGAAAUAAUUCAAGAAUGUAAAGCUCUUAAUGGACGCCUUAUUAAUUGUCUGCGAGAAAGAGCUCAAGUUGAACAACUUGUCAGAUACAUAGUGGAAGAGGCUCCAGAAGAUGCCGAGAAGAAACGAACUUUUAAGUUUCCUUUUAUUGCUUGUGAAAUUUUUACAUGCGAGGUGGACAUAAUUCUUAAAGCUUUGGUUGAGAAUGAGGAGCUAAUGAACCUGUUGUUCUCAUUUUUGGAACCUGAGCACGCACAUAGUACUCUGUUGGCUGGUUACUUUAGCAAGGUUGUCAUAUGCUUGUUGCUGCGGAAGACAUCACCAUUUAUGAACUAUGUACAAGCUCAUCCAGAUAUUAUCAAGAAGUUGGUUGAUCUCAUCGGAAUUACAUCUAUCAUGGAGGUGUUAAUUCGCCUAAUUGGCACCGAUGAACAUUUGUAUAGCAACUUCUCGGAUUCCAUGCAGUGGUUGGAAGAGACAGAUGUGCUGGAGAUGAUCGUUGAUAAGUUUAGCUCAUCAGAUUGCCCUGAAGUGCAUGCUAAUGCAGCAGAAACUUUGUGUGCCAUUACUCGAUAUGCUCCCCCUGGGAUAGCUGCCAAAAUCUCCAGCCCAAGUUUCAUUGAGAGGUUAUUUCGUCAUGCUCUGGAGGACUCACGGCCUAAAUCUGUUUUGGUUAACUCGUUGUCUGUGUGCAUUUCGUUAUUAGACCCUAAGAGGCUAGCUUCAGGAACAUAUUACAUGUACGGUCGCCAGUCAAUGCAGUGCUCUGGAGUAAAUGCAAGUCCUGAGACUGUGGAAGGGAUGUUGGGAAGCUUAGGUAAUUUACUGAAGCUUCUGGAUAUUUCAUCAGAAGAUAAUGUCUUGCCAACAACAUAUGGGAGCUUACAUCCACCUCUUGGGAAGCAUCGUCUGAAGAUUAUAGAGUUUGUUUCAGUCUUGGUGAGUGUCAGCAGUGAAGCUGCUGAAAAGGAGUUGAUUCGACUUGGUGCUGUUAAGCGCAUCCUAGAAUUGUUUUUCGAGUAUCAGUACAACAACUUUUUGCAUCAUCAUGUUGAGACUAUAAUAAUUUCGUGCCUGGAGAGUAAGAAUAUUCAAUUUGUUGAACAUCUUCUUGGUGACUGUAAUCUUGUCAUGAAAAUUCUCGAGGCAGAGAAGAACUCAACCCUUUCUGCUGAUCCAUCCAAGCCAACGGUCUCUGUUGAUGGAAGAUCUCCACCCAGGAUUGGAAAUAUUGGCCAUAUGACACGAAUAGCUAACAAACUUGUUCAACUAGGGAACAACAAUAAUAGCAUACAGUCGCGUUUGCAGGAGAAUAGUGAAUGGAUUGAUUGGCAGACAAAUACCCUUCAAAAACGGAAUGCUGUGGAAAAUGUUUUCCAGUGGACUUGUGGGAGACCCACAUCACUGCAUGACCGAAUGAGGGACAGUGAUGACGAUGAUUAUCAAGAUAGAGACUAUGAUGUUGCAGCUCUGGCAAAUAAUUUAAGCCAGGCCUUCCGCUAUGGAAUCUAUAACAAUGAUGAACUUGAUGAGGCUCGUGGUUCACUUGAGCGGGAUGAUGAGGAUGUAUAUUUUGAUGAUGAGUCUGCUGAAGUUGUGAUAUCUUCACUUCGUUUAGGGGACGAUCAGGAAAGUGGAUCACUUUUUACAAAUUCCAACUGGUUUGCUUUCGAGGAUGACAGAGCAAUUAGUGAACAGUACACUGGCUUGGCUGCUUCUCCCUCACCUAACACUGAAGACACUAAUGUUAUUAGGACAAGCACGAAUGAUGAUGCAGCUGCUGAGAAAGAUGAUGAUUUGGCAGACACUGCCACAUCUACUAGACCCGAGCCAAAACCAAGUUCUGAUCAUCCUGCACCAAGUAGUUUGUCUGAGGACUUGCAUCAUGCUGCAGGUAAUGAAGCCACUAAGCUUCCUGAAUGGGUUGAAUGGCGGGAAAGCUCUGAUACAAUUAAAACGUCCAAUCAAACCUCGAACUCACCUGGUGUUGCUAACGUGGUCGGGCCUCCUUUACCUAAUGGCGAUGUCAACGAGGAAUCAGAAGCUCCGAAGGAUACUAUUCAGUCAAAAGAAGAAAAUGCACAUAUUCCACCAACUAAUGGGCGCACCAGUAAUGUGGAAAAAGAUUCUGAGGGAUCAUCAAGUGAUACAUCAAAGCCUCCAGAAACAGGUGGGAGCCCAAGCGCUAGCAAACCUAGUUCUGUUAGUUUGGAGAAGCCCUCGGCUGGAACGGUGGGACCAUCUAAUGGAGAAACCGAGAAGUGAAGCGUGGAACUACUGUGAAUCGAGAGACAAAACCCAGCACUUUUGACAUUGACCGGGUGCUCUGAUGAUUCUCAGCUCUUGCUGUCGGCUGGGACUAAUGUGUGGUUUUGGAGCCUGAUGUACAUUACUGGGGCUUAAUAGUCAACUUAGCCGCAGAUGAUUCUUUCCUUAACUUAGGUGAAGAGUGCUCUCUCUUUCUUCUCACUUAAAUUAAAGGCCUUUAGUGCACAGAUGAUUCAGUAGAUCAUACUUUUAUUAUUUACACACAACUGCCUCUAGAUGAGUCCAAACUGCUAAAGGGAUGUAUGCUGCACACGUCGAAAGGAUCUUGUUUUAUAUCUCAUAUUUAUCAUUUUUCUGCGUCUUAA